AUGUCGACGCCUCAAGACACCGCGAUUAAGAUCACCACCAGGCUCGACCUAAAAGGCGCCCUUGCCCUCCUCCGGUCCCCCCACUACGCCUUCGUCACUAGCCUCACUCUGUCCAACCUGCGCUGGGACGCUUUCUCGCCCUUCAACUCGCGGGGCCCAGUCCCGGAGCACUGGACACCCUGCGCCCGCCCGCUGGAGGUCACGAACAUCCCCACAAAGGACCUCAUCCAGCUGAAAAAUCUCAACCACCUCAUCCUCGUGGGCGACGACCCGUUCAUACUCCUGCCAUUCAUCCAGCAGCCACCCUUUCUGGUCAGUCUCACUAUAAUACGGACGGACCAGGGGCAGAGGUGGUGGACGGAUGAUUAUGAGAUUUUAAAGAAGUGGUUGGGGCAGUAUAGCACGAACGAAUACGGCCCGCCGCCGAGGGGCACACCGCUUAGGGCGGGCGAGUCCCUCGCCCGCUUGCGAGUGUGUGAUGUUCUCCUCAUGAACCCGGGGAACGUUCGCGGUUUCCUCAGCGAAGAUUGCAUCGGGUGCAUCCCCAACGUUGAGCUUACCUUUCCCCUCCGCAAGCCGAAGCCAGGGGCGCAAUGGACCCCAGAGGAAGAGUACGUGCGCGCGUUCCAAGAAGUUCUGACGAAGAGGCCGAACGCCACCCGGUAUGCGUUCACGAGCACGAACUGGAGGGUGUACUUGAACCAUUACUACGAGAUGGACAGGUACGGUGGUCGCCCUGUGGGGGAAAUGUUCAAGGGCCUGCAUAUCGGCUGGCAUCGCAGAUGGGACGAGGGAAGGAGGCUAUGGGUGACAGACGAGGCGCUUGAUAAAUACGUGCGGUUGGAGUACAGGAAUGGGAUGGUGUUGGUCAAGAGAGAUGGACCUGGCGGCGGCGAGAUGGUGAUUGUUAGUGACUCGGCGACUCUCAGGCCAAUUAAAGUGUGA